CAAUCUAGUCGGUUCAGUAAUACCAAAACGACGUAGUCUACCGUCGUGUUCAACCGCUGGCAAAAAGAUUCAUUUCUUAGGAAUCCUCCCUUUUCCCCGUCGAUCGCCGGCGACUGGUAAAGCACACAAGCGGCGUUUCUUAGCAUCAAAUCCCAGGUAAACUUAUCGAACUAAAAGUGAGGGACAGUAAAAUAAUCUCUUCUCCCCCCCAACCAAUCUCCUUUGUUGUAUCCUCGUCUCCCCUGUGUCGCUCUCUACCACUCCAUCAGAACACAAGAACACAGCAGAACUCGUUUUUUUCUCCCACCAGCUUUCCUCCUCCGAUUUCCGAUUAAGACCACCGCUACCGGCGUCUUCGCUUACAUCGAUUUCCGAUCCGGGUAAAGUUAAUUUCUAGAGAGACUGGAAUCACUUGUACUUGACAAUGGAAGUCCAUGAAGAACCAGAAGAAAGUGUUCAUCGUAAAACUCCAAAGUUGCCUGGAACUGUUAACUGGGGUACAGCAACCAUUGUUGGAGUAUUUGCUGGCAUGUUAUACGGAGGCAGCAAGGAAGCUUCUGCUUCUGUUAGCAAAGAUGCAGAAGUAACAUUGAAACUUGGGAGCACAUCUGACAAGAGAGAACAAUAUAGAUUAAUGAGAGAUGCAAUGGAGAAAAGGUUUAUCAGAAUUACACGUGGUUCAAUAGUAGGUGGUGUUCGCCUUGGAAUGUUCACAGCUGCAUUUUAUGGGUUGCAAAAUCUUCUUGCUGAAAAAAGAGGAGUUCAUGAUGUUUAUAAUGUAGUUGGAGCUGGUUCUGCUACUGCUGCUACAUUUGGUCUAAUCAUGCCUGGAUCACUUGCAUGGCGUGGAAGGAAUGUCCUGUUAGGAUCCGUAUUGGGUGCAACAUUUUGCUUCCCUUUAGGAUGGCUUCAUUUGAAACUAGUGGAGAAAGCAAAUGAAGGAGAGAGUAUGGUUCUUCUUCCUGAAGGCAACAAAGCAAAGGGGGGUGUAGCCAACAACAAUAGCAUCGUUCGUAUCUCAACUCGAAGAACACCAUUGUUGGGGUUGAGUUCCUCUCAUUCACUCUCACCCUGCCGUUACUUGAUUAACCCGACAAGGUCAAGGCGGGAAAGCUGUAAAGUAGAUGCAAUCUCUUCUCUGGUGAGAAGAAAGGAGUCGAUGAUGAAUGGAGAGGGAGAGGGAGAGGGGGGUAGUGAAACUCUUCCUGAAGGCGUGUGCUUGAAUGAUGAUAAACUUGAUGGCAAGGGGUUAACCUGUAAAGUUUCAAACCAGCAACUAUUGGAUAGAAAUAACGAUGUAUCACCAGUUUCAUCACGUUACUCAUCAUGUGGAGAAUCAGAGUUUGAUAGAUACUGUAGUGCUAACUCUGCAAUGGGUACACCUAGUUUGUGUGGCUCUGUUGGUACAUUUCAGGACUUCACUGAUUCUGAUUUCGGAUCUGUCAGAAGUCCCAGAGUUGGGGAUGUAGGUAGUCUGGAGAGUUUCAGUUUGGGUGGGAAGUUUGAAAGAAAAUUUGAGAGUUCAAAGGAGAGAAACAAUGGAAAUUUGGAACAAAGGUUGAUGACAAUGGAAAAUGAAAUGCAUUUAUAUGAUGAAAUGGAUGAUCUGCCAGAUGAAGGAGGUGUCCAUAUGUGGAAAGACAACAUUAGCUCCAAAAGAAUGCCAAGUACUUCCACUGAUAAAUCUUUAAGUGCAGAAACAAUGGAGAAACACAUGGAAAAUGUAGGGGUGGAAGAAGGUUCUGAGUCUUUUAUGGGUGUUGAUCAGGUCAACAAUGUAUUUGAAGGUGGAAAACACUUGGAUGAAUGUUCUGAAGGGGAAAUCUCGUCUCAUUUAGAACACUCAGAAUCUGAAGGUUCUAUGUAUGGCUAUGGUUCAGAUAAUGAGGAACAAGCUGGUGGGUUGCCUCCUAGAGGUUAUGUCCAUUAUUCACCGGAGAAGAAAAGUAAUAGUGAUGAUGCAUUGUUUAUGACAUCAUCAAUAGCAUAUGGUGCAGAUGAUUGGAAUGAUUUCACUCAAGAAACCAUGGAAACCCCUCAAGAUUUAUUUGUCAUAGAUGAAAUUCAAGGACACAACCAAAAUGGAAUUCAAAGUGAAGGACACACCUCAAAAUCCACUUAUAGACAGAAACAAGAAUAUGUGAAAGACCUUCAUGUGGACAAUGAGAUUGAUGUUUCCUGUGACUCACCAACAUAUUCCAUGACUCAUUCUAUGAGCCAUAUUGAUCUCUUGAAGCAUGAGGAAGAUACAGUAGCCAUUGGUAAACAAGCAGAAGACAUCAAUCAAUUCAAGAUGGAAGAGGUUACUCGAGUGGAGAAGGUUCCUUUGAUGGAUGUGUCGCCUAGGAAGCCUGAAGUUACAAAAUCAAGUGAAACAACACACAAUCGUACAUUUGGUGAUGUUUCCUUGGGUUUGACACAAGAUGUUGAAGAUCAUGUAGCUGAAAUCCCCAAAGACCAUAAGCCUUAUUCACUGCCAUCAUUGCCAACUAUUAAUGUGGAGAAAAGACAAAAUGUUACUCCAGCUCCUUUAGAUGUUCCUGAAGAUCUUGAAAUGGCAAGUAAGGCAGAAAGCUAUGAGCUGAAUGAAUUCUAUGAUGAAGUUGUCUACGAAAUGGAAGAGAUCCUACUCGAUUCUGGCGAGUCUCCCGCAGCCAGAUUCAACCGUGGUCGGAAUCAUCAUUCCCAUUCCAAUGUUUCUCUCCCUUCAAGAGACGGUAGCUCAACCGCUUCAACUUCAACUCUCAACAGCUCUCCCUCUUUUCUCCAAAAUCCUUACAAAAUCGAUGGAAUCCAAGUAAUCGGCGCAAGUCAAAAAAAGGGUGACGUGUCACUCGGUGAAAGAUUAGUCGGAGUGAAGGAAUACACAGUCUACAAAUUACGCGUAUAUAGCGGGCCCCACCAAUGGGAAGUCGAACGAAGAUACCGUGAUUUUUUCACUCUUUAUCGCCGAUUAAAAACAUCAUUUUCCAACAAAGGAUGGGAACUCCCUUCUCCUUGGUCAACGGUUGACCGGGAAUCAAGAAAAUACUUCGGGAACGUCUCGCCAGGUGUCGUGUCAGAAAGAAGCGUUCUCAUUCAAGAAUGCUUACAGUCUAUUUUGAACUCCAAGUUUUCAUCAAGUCUUCCUGCUUCCAUAAUAUGGUUUCUUUCCCCACCAAAUAACAGUCCAAUUUCACCUGUUUCUCAUUCACAAAAUUUGGGGCAAUCGAUAUCACUUAUUGUUGAAAUCAGGCCUCAUAAAUCGAUGAGACAGAUGUUAGAAGCACAACAUUAUACAUGUGCAGGAUGCCAUAAACACUUUGAUGAUGGAAAAACUAGAUUAUGGGAAUUUGUACAGACACUUGGGUGGGGGAAGCCUCGUGUUUGUGAAUAUAGUGGGCAGGUGUUUUGUUCGAAUUGUCAUUUAAAUGAAACUGCUAUUUUGCCUGCGAGAGUUUUGCAUUGGUGGGAUUUUACAGCGUAUCCGGUGUCCCAGCUGGCUAAAUCAUAUCUUGAUUCUACACAUGACAAGCCAAUGCUUUGUGUGAGUGCUGUGAAUCCGUUUUUGUUCUCAAAAGUUCCACCUCUACAACAUGUUAUAAAUGUGAGAAAAAGAAUCGGGCGAAUGUUGCCAUAUGUUCGUUGCCCAUUUCGUAGGUCAAUAUACAAAGGAGUUGGAUCCAGGAGAUAUAUUCUUGAAAGCAGCGACUUUUUUGCUCUCAAAGACCUUGUUGAUCUUUCCAAAGGGAUAUUUUCAGCAUUACCGGUGAUGGUGGAAACUAUAUCCAAGAAAAUAGUGGAUCAUAUUACGGAUGAGUGUUUGAUAUGUUAUGAUGUGGGUGUCCCUUGUGGUGCUCGACAAGCAUGUGAUGAUCCAUCUUCUCUCAUUUUCCCUUUUCAGGAAGGUGAGGUUGAGAGGUGUAAAUCUUGCGAAUUGGUUUAUCACAAGGCUUGCUUCAAGAAAACGGAUACUUGCCCAUGUGGUGUACAUCUUGGAACAAGGUCCAUAAGGAGCACAAAUGACGUUCCUGCCCCUCCAAACAACUUGGUGCAACAAGAUACGGAAUCAAAGUCUUCAAUAGGAUUCUUGUCAGGGCUGUUAUCCAAGGCCAGUUCUUCAAAAUUUUGGGGCCAUAACGACAAUGAUACUGUAAUACCUAUGGGUUCGUUACCCAGCUCUUCCCGCUGAUUGAUUUCUUUGUGAAAUUUUGUUUACUUCUUUCUUUUUACCAAAUAUUUUGAUUCACCGAUUCAACUUAUUAUUUGGGAAACUCUUGUUAUACUUAUACCCCUUAUUUUUUAUUGUAA